CAAGGCCCGUUUUUGUGUCCCAGGCCGGGUGGAAGGGUGAGGGGAGACCUCACCAGGAAAGGGGUGCACCUGAGUCUGGGGCAGGGCUUGGAGCAACCACCCCCACGAUUCCAGGGGAGUCCCAAGACCCCCACUGUCUUCCCACCCAGCUGUUCUCUGAGUUCUCUGAGGUUUCUGAUGCUCUCUGAGGUCGCCAUUUCGAGGACAUCCCCACCUGGCUGUCCGUGCAAACCCCAGCCAGGGUCCACCUGUUGCUGCACACAGCCCAUCCCUUCUCCGGGCUGAAGCUCCCUCAUACGGGACAUCCACUACCCUGUAGGACCCCAGCCCAUGGGUCCCCAAGCCCUGGUCCUGCCUCCUGGGUCCCUAUCCCAGGCCUCACCGCCCUCCCCACCAGCCCCAGCAUCACAAACGCCGGGCUUCUCUGCCGCUCCGAAUUCUGCUGUGACUCCCCAGUGCCCAGGGCCAUCAAGCCCCACGUUUUCUCCAGCAGGGAGGACCCGAAAUGGCACACAUUCAGAACGACGAGGCUCAUACCUCAAGCGCACUUUGGGGGAGAGGCACCCCGGAAGCCCCCAACCCCCCACGCGCGACAGAGCCUGUUUCCCGCUCGGUAAAGCGGGCGAAUCAGCGGUUCCCAGCCAGCCUGGGGGUGCAGGGUCGGAGGAGCUUGCGGGCUGAGCGUGGCCCCUGGCGCCCGGUUGGCGCGCGGGACUCGGGCGCGCUCUGGUCCGUGGAACUUCCCCAGCCGCGGCGUCCCCGCCGCUCACGCGUCCCCCACUCCCCGGCCGGGCACCUCCCGCCCCUCCCCCGGCUGGCCCAGCGCCCGGGCUCCGCCCCCUCCCCGCCCCCGCGGCUAAUAAGAUGCGCCCCGGUGGCUCCUGCGCCCCCAGAGCGGCCCCGGAGCGGCCCCAGCGCGGUGGUCCCCGCCCGACUGCUCCAGAGCCCGCGCGAUGGAGCCCCGGCCGCGGCGGCGGCGCAGGAGUCGCCCCCUGGUCGCCGCCUUCCUGCGAGACCCGGGCUCGGGCCGCGUGUACAGGCGCGGGAAGCUGAUCGGCAAGGGCGCCUUCAGCCGCUGCUACAAGCUGACAGACAUGUCCACCAGCGCUGUGUUUGCCCUCAAGGUGGUGCCGUGUGGCGGCGCUGGGGCCGGGUGGCUUCGUCCACGGGGAAAGGCGGGUACAUGUCGGGGCCGUGCCUGCAGGUGGAGCGUGAGAUUGCCCUGCAUAGCCGCCUGCGACACCGCAACAUCGUGGCCUUCCACGGACACUUUGCUGACCGCGAGCAUGUGUACAUGGUGCUGGAAUACUGCAGCCAUCAGUCUUUGGCCCACGUGCUGAGGGCACGGCAGACCCUGACAGAGCCAGAGGUGCGCUACUACCUGCGGGGCCUGGUCAGCGGCCUGCGCUACCUGCACCAGCGACACAUCAUUCACCGCGACCUGAAGCUCAGUAACUUCUUCCUUAACAAGAACAUGGAGGUGAAGAUUGGAGACCUGGGGCUGGCGGCCAAGGUGGGGCCAGGGGGCCGCUGCCACGGAGUACUCUGUGGGACCCCUAAUUUCCUGGCCCCUGAGGUUGUCUCCAGAAAUGGUCACUCCUGCCAGUCGGACAUCUGGGCUCUGGGCUGCAUCAUGUACACGGUGCUGACCGGCACCCCGCCCUUCAUGGCCUCACCCCUGUCGGAGAUGUACCAAAACAUCCGUGAGGGCCACUACCCCGAACCCACUCAUCUGUCUGCCAACGCGCGCCGCCUCAUCGCACGCCUCCUAGCACCCAACCCGGCCGAGCGGCCCAGCCUGGACCACCUGCUGCAGGACGACUUCUUCACAGAGGGUUUCACUCCAGACCGGCUGCCGGCCCACUCCUGCCACAGUCCCCCCAUCUUCGCCACACCCCCUCCUCUGGGCAGGAUCUUCCGGAAGGUGGGCCAGCGGCUGCUCACCCAGUGCUGGCCACCCUGCCCCUUCACACCUAAAGAGGCCUCGGGUCCAGGAGAAGGUGGGCCAGACCCUGACUCCAUGGAGUGGCACGGCGAGAGCUCCCUGUCUUCGAAAGAGUUUCCCUGCCUGGAAGGCCCCAUCCACCUGGUCGCACGAGGGACCCUGCAGAGCAACCUUGCCGGGCCCGAGGGGAGCCAGCGGCCGGAGGUGGAGGCGGCCCUCAGACACCUGCAGCUGUGCCUGGACGCAGGCCCCCCGGCCACACAGGACCCCCUGGGAGAGCAGCAGCGCAUCCUCUGGGCCCCCAAAUGGGUGGAUUAUUCCAGCAAAUACGGCUUUGGCUACCAGCUCUCGGACGGGGGCAGUGGUGUCCUGCUUCGGGACGGCACCCACAUGGCCCUGCGACCCCCCGGAGGAGGGUGUAGAUCGAUGGAAAGGUGUCCACUGGCCUGGGCUGCCCAGGACAGAGGCCCUGUGUCCUCGCCCCAGCCAAGUGUGCUACAAGCCCGACCGUGGGAGGCUGGAAACCUUCACCCUGAAGGAUGUGCCCGGCCCGCUGGGCGCCAAGCUGGCCGUGCUGCAGCUCUUUGCCGGCUGCCUGCAGCGGCAGCUGCGGGAGGUGAGAGCUGGGGUGCUGGGGAGGGUGAGGGGUGGGGACGCCCCCUGUGUCACAUGACCUCAGCCGAGUCUGUCCACAGGAGGGGACCCUCCCCACACCUAUGCCACCUGCUGGACCCGGCCUCUGCCUCCUGCGCUUCCUGGCCUCUGAGCAAGGCUUGCUGCUGCUGUUCAGCAAUGGGAUGGUGCAGAUGAGCUUCAGUGGAGUACCGGCCCAACUGGUGCUGAGUGGUGAGGGGGAGGGUUUGCAGCUCACCCUCUGGGAGCAGGGCUCCCCUGGCACCUCCUACUCCCUGGAUGUCCUGCAGAGCCACGGCUGCGCCCCCGCCACCCGACAGCGCCUUCACCACGCCCUCCGCAUGCUGCAGAGUAUCUAGUGCCCCUGAGGGUCAGAGUGGACCCCUGCAUGGCAGUGCCAGGGACCCAGGCUCCAUUUCCAUUCCUGUGGCUCCCCCAGAGGGGCUGUCCUGGGGGAGAGCUGGGGGCACACGGGAGGUGGGUUCUCGCCUUGUGGCAUGACCGCCCAACGCAAACUUUGCUGAGAUCUCUUCCUUUUUCAUUAAAGACAAUUUGAAAUGCUGUA